UUGAUAAACAUGAUCAAAUGUUGAGUUACUAUUGUGCUGAACAUAAAACAUUAAGGUGGUAUAAAAAAGUUAUCAUUCAUGUAAUUCAAAUUAAUAUAAUCAAUGCCUUUUUAAUGUUUAAUUUAGACAGAGAAACAAAAAUUAGUUUGUAUGACUUCAGGCUUCAAAUUAUUGAGUUUCUCUUGCCUAAGAAACCAAGCGUAGAAAGACAUUCUGUGCCAGGUAGGGUUCAUGUUCCUGACCAUUUGCCUAAAACAGGUGGAAAAAAAUUUAGGAAAAGAUGUAGGCAGUGUUAUAAUACAACAAAAAAAAGAGUGCAAGUUUAUUUUGGUUGCCCAGAUUGCCCAGACUUUCCUGGGUUAUGUCUGGGGAAUUGUUUUAGAGCAUACCACAAUUAUUAAACUAAUUAAUUUUUUCUUUGUUGAUUAGUCAUCACCAUAAUAUGACUGCCAUAAGAAUACGAUUAUAAUAUACCAAUUAUUGUAAAAUAUUUGUACCUGAUUUUUAUAAAUAUGAUUCUUGUAAUUAUUAUUAUUAAUAAAUGUCUUGUUUAUUAUCUUUCUUUAUUUUUUCCCUUCGUAUUGUAUAACAGUAUUAAUUAGUUUUUCAUAACACUCCAAACGUUUGUCGGCUGGUACAUUUCUCAACCGAAAAGCAAGCAUUAUGCCUAAAUCAUGCUCAAACUGAGCAUAAAUUGGAGGCAACUCAUCUUGUGUAUUCAAUUCUGCUGUAAAAUCCUUAGAGAAUAAUGCAUUAAAAUAUUUUUUUGCUGCACAGCAAACAUGUUCUGAUUUUUUUUCUAUAGAGACCUCAUUAUUCAUUUUAUUUUCAUUCUUAAGAUAACAUUUUUUUCCUUUCAAUAUGUUCGUCUUCAUCAGAGUCCAGAAUUUCUUCAAUGCUAGUAUCUGAACUGUUAUUAGAAACUACAUUGCAACUAUUCCGAGAUUCAGUGAAUUGACGCUUCUUUGGUAUACUUUUUUCCAAAAUCGAUUGACUAGAGUUUGGAAAACUUUGGUUUUCUUUCUCGUCAUUUUGUUGAUCAUAGAAAUCAGUAAACAAUGCCUGGCUACAUUCAGUAAAAUCGUCGUUCUCCUGAUUAUCUACAAAUAAUAUUACAACAAUAAAUAAUGAUUGAAUACAUAUAGGUAAGGUUACUAAAAUGUUUACUACCUCUGCAAUAUUUAAUUAAAACGAACAAAUACUACCUUGAAACGCCAUAUUCACUUUUAAUAUUCACUACUUCGAAUAGGAGAACACAAUAAAACCUUGCUGGUUGUCAGACUGGCUCGAAUGACGGCGAAAAGCAUUAAAUCAUUACAGGGGCCAAUGACUCAACAGUUGAGUCAUCCUUCAGGGAGGCCGAUGACUCAAAUUGUGAGCCACCGACCAAUGUAUGGGGCCUGGCUGAAAUGUUCACGAAAAUGAAGGUGGCAAUGAAUCGGUUAAUGAAGAAGGGUUUUCCUUUAAAAAUUGAAAAUUUACAACGUAGUGUAUCGAAAUUUCUUGAAGAAAAUCCACGGCCAAAUCCUUUCAAGGAUAAUUAUCCUGGGGAUGGAUGGGUAAAAGCAUUUUUAAAGAGACACCCUAACAUUGUCCAACGGACUAGUGAAGGGGUUACGCAGUCAAGCGCUAACAUCUCCGAAAAAGACAUACGUAAAUGGUUUGCUGAGAUACACGAGUAUUUAAGAGAAAUUGGUCUUUGGCAAUUGUUAGAUGACCCUACUCGUGUGUUUAAUGGUGAUGAAAGUGGCUUUCAGUUGUGCCCAAAAACAGGGAAAGUACUAGCGGUCAAAGGAACUAAAAAUGUAUAUAGCAUAGACACUAAUAAUUCAAAAGAGUCAAUUACAGUCAUGUUUACAUUCUCAGCUUCUGGAAAAGCAUGUCCACCCAUGGUUGUCUACAACUACCAGCGAAUUCCCCAAAAAAUUUCUGAUGGGAUUCCAAAAGAAUGGGGUGUAGGGCGAAGUGAUAAUGGGUGGAUGACUUCAGAACUGUUUUUUGAGUACAUAGCAAAUGUUUUUCACCCAUAUUUACUCCAGACAGGCGUUACAUUGCCAGUUAUAUAUUUUCUUGAUGGACACAAAACCCACCUCACCUACAGUGUAAGUAAGUUAUGCAAAGAAUUGGGCAUUGAGCUAAUCGCGUUGUACCCGAACGCAACGCGCAUUCUACAGCCGGCUGACGUAGCUGUUUUUAGGCCGGUUAAGGCAGCUUGGAAAGAUACAGCAAGGACCUGGCUCUUGAAUAAUCCGGGAGAGUCAAUAACAAAGGUCAAUUUCGCUGGUAUCCUUGAUGAAGCUCUUAAAAAAUCUAUAAAGCCGGAAACUUUGAUCAACGGAUUCAAAGCCUGUGGGUUGGUGCCUUUUAAUCCUGAUGCGAUUGAUUACGAAAAAUGUUUGGGCAGGGAUAAGCAUAAUCAGACUAAGAACCCCCAACAUCAAGAACUUGUUUUAUCGUUUUCUCAAUUCCGCCAAAUAGUUGGAUUAACGAAACUAGCGCAGUUGGAAACUUACAAAAACGUAGAUAGUACGAAUGAAGAUUUCCAAAUUUUACAUAAUAUUUACGACGCUUUUACAUCAUCAUUUUCAAAUUUUGAAAGACGUCGUUCACCAAUACCUGAAACAUCAAUUAUUGCACAGGACUCUACUCAUCAAGCAUUUGAAACUAUUUCAGAGGUUCAAAAGAUACCACAAGAUGAUUUGAUACAAAUUUCAGAUCUAGUUGAUUCAAACUUAUCUUCCAAUGCUUUUACUAAGCAUUUUCAAGAUAUUCCUGCAGAACUAAAUAUGACUACCGAGAACUAUGAAUGUCAAGAAUUAAGGUCUGAUCCAGAGCACCCAAAAUUAAUGAUUCGCGAUAAUAAUUCAGCUACAGAACAACGUUCACAAGAUUUUGAACCAAUAAUACCAAUAGUUAAUACACCAGUCAAGGAAAAUACCAGAAAUACUCCUGUUUUACAAGAACAAGAAAAAAUAUCUGAUGAUGCAAGUUUACUUGAGAAAAGUCCUGCUUUUAAAAUUAUAUCUAACAGUCAAUUUGCCCCGUUUUUGACAAUGCCUAAAACACCUGAAAGAAAAGGUAAAAGGCAUACAGUAAGAUUUCCAUACGCAAUAACAUCAGACAAGUACAGAGCUAUGUUUAAUGAGCAAAAAGAGAAAAAAGAAUCAGAAUUGAAAAUAAAAGAAGAAAGAAAGAGAGUAAGAGAAGAAAACAAAAUAAAAAAGCAGAAUGAAAAAAACAAUAAUGUAAAGUCUGGUAGAAAGAAAAUGAAGGAAAGUACAAAUACCUGCAAAAUAUGUUCAAAACCUACAAAAACCAACAAUCGUUUGAUUUGCGAUAUGUGCUCCUCGAUAUUUCAUGUUAAAUGUGUUCCUAACAAACACCAAGAACAUGUACCAGAAGACAUAACUAUAGAUCUUUUUGUGUGCCACGUUUGUUACAGUGCAGUAAACAAUGAUGAAAAUGAAGAUGAGAUAAGCUUGGAAGAACAUUCUAACGAUGAAGCCAAUAGUAAUACCGAAGAAAACUUAGAGGCAGAAAUCCUUUUCGAUAUGUAUAAACAAGAAAUUCUGAAAAUGUAAUGUUUCUAGCAGUUUUCCUACCUACCUUUUUUUAAUUUAUUUUGCGAUCAAAAAAUACUAAAGUUUUUUUGUAACAAAGUUACUACAUUUCCAGAUGUUAUUUUUUUAAAUUUUUAUUAUGAUUUAUAACGUUCAAGACUGAUUAAAUUUUAGAAGUGAAUAAUUUGCAUAUGAUUUAGUUUUCAGUGGUGUUUGAGUAUUUUGAUAGUUAGAAAAGUAAUUUGUUUAGUAAUAAUAGUAAACAAAAUGUUCUCAUAGUGUUAUUAUUACGUGUUUAACUAUUAUUUCGCUAUAUUCAUUGACUGUCCAAUAAUUGCUUAAGAUUGUCCAAUAAAUAUAUUUUUUGUCCAAUAACUGUGUUUUUUGUUCAUUUAUUUUAAUAUAACAAUAUUAUUUGACUGAUUACAAGAAGUAAGAUUUUUGAAUGAUUCUUAUGAUAGCUUAUUUAAUAUACUUUCAAAAUAUUUUUACAGUUUCAAAGAUAUUGAAAUAGUCAAAGGAAAAUAAAUAUUCAAACUAUUUUGUUUCCUUAAUUGUCCAAUGACUGUCGGUUUACCCUAAAUAUAUUUAGAAUUUAGUGUUCAUGGCAUGUUUUCUAUAACCGUUCCAUUUUUCAAGAUGUGCUGGAGGCUGACGUAUAUAUAACUCUCCCCGAAAACUUUGAUAAGAGUGACAAAGAUGGUGGCAACGAAGAAUCGGCUGAUAUCAACUGCUUGUCUCGGCGCCAGUUAUUGGCAGAAGCAGAACUUAGGGCGAAGGUUUUAGUAGAAAGACGAAUAGAAGAAAUAGAGCUGUAGCAAGAAUCCCAAGAGAAAGAACCCAUUCCAAGUACUUCACAAAACCCACCACCAGAAAAAGAAGUAAUCAUACAGUUGCUAGGAAAUGGCGAAAUGUGGACAUCCCUCAAAAAGAAGAAAAAGAGUGGACACCUCCCAGUUUCCUGGAAGAUCUUCAUAAUCCAUUAAUUUUUUUUGAGUUGUUUUAUGAUGCGUGCGUGCAUAUUAUAACGUCAACAUUUGACUAAAGUGAACUAGUUCUUUCUCCACACACAAGAAAGAAAAUGGAAUACGCAUUAUUCGAAUUUUUAGAAUCCGACAAUACGGAAGCAAAUAUUUUAAGAAAGCGGCGGCGUCGUGUGGAGCUACGUUCUGAAUGUAAUCCUUUUGAUUUAGACGAUACGGAGUUUGUUAAAAGGUACCGUCUCACAAAAUAGCUGACACAUAAUCUGUGUGAUGAUUUGAGGCCUUUGAUGAAAACUCCAAAAAAACCUACAGACUUAUCAGUUGAAACAAAGGUAUGUUUUAUGACUCAGUCUUAUGGUCAACAGUUACAGUUACUGCUCAAAGUCAAUAGGUACCUUGACUCAUGUUUAAAUAUACUUUUUUACAGGUAUUGAUUGCGUUAGCAUUUUAUGCCACAGGAUCGUACCAACGCCCUACAGGCAGUAGUGAGGGACAUUUUGUGGCUCAACAAACUGUCUCUAAAGUUAUUGCCCAGGUUACUGCCUGUCUGAACACAAUCCAAAUGAGACAGAAGUUUAUUAAAUUUCCUAGAACCACUGAAGAACGCAAUAGGAUUAAAACCGAGUUUUACAAGAAGUUUAAAAUCCCAGGUGUCUUGGGAUGUAUAGAUUGCACUCAAGUUGCAAUAAUACGUCCCAUUAUUCAACGAUAAAAAAACUCCCGUGCGAAUAAGGACUAAUAUUCUCAGUAGUAGGACACUCAUUUUUGCCACCUGAUCGCGUAAUCGGCAAUAUCGAAAAAGAGAUACAAUACCUUUGGAAGUAAUUGUAGAGCCCCAGACGUAUUUAGAUAUUUUUAAAAAGUAUGGAACGUUUUUUAGAUUUGGUAGCGACCUUAAUUUUUAUGAUUGGAAAUCGAGCGUUAAAACUGUAUUAGAGUUACCUGGAUCUUGAACUUUCAAUUUAAUGCCUCCAAGAGAUUUUUUUAAGAAUAGAUCUUAAUA